GCUCUCUUUGUGCCUGAAAGGAAACGGCAGUGUAGGAGCAACGUGGAAUUACUUCUUCCUCUAUGAUGGUUCAAAGGUUAAGGAAGAGGGAGAUCCCACAAGUGCUGGUAUUUGUUAUUUUUAUCCUUCUCAGACUCUCCCCGACCAGCAGGAGCUGCUGUGUGGACAGAUUGCAGGAGUGGUGCGUUGUAUGACUGAGAUUUCUGGAGUUCCUCCCAGGCUCAUUCGGCUGAGAAAGCUCAAGUUUGCAGUUAUAGUGGAUGGAGACUAUUUGUGGGUUCUGGGCUGUGCUGUUGAGCUCCCUGAUGUCAGCUGUAGACGGUUCCUGGAGCAGCUCAUCAGCCUCUUCAGGUUUUACAAUGGACCCGUGCACCACGCUUACACGGCAUUUUCUCAGGAAGAGCUGAGCAAGCAGUGGGACAAGUAUAUCGAGCAUAUCCAAAAAAACACAAAUGACCUCCACAAGAUUUUCAAUUCUCUUUGGAAUCUGGACAAAACCAAGGUGGAUCCGCUGCUCUUACUGAAAGCAGCUCUCAUCUUGCAAACCUGCCAGCGGUGCGCCCAUGUCUUGGCAGGCUGCGUUCUCUACAGGGGCUUGAUUGUGAGUACCCAGCUGCCACCUCCUCUUACUGCCAAAGUUCUCCUCCAGGGCAGUGAAUCUUCAGGCCAGAGCGAGCCUGGAGGUGAGGAGCAGCGGGAGCCUGAUUCUCCAUUGCCGCGGGGAGUUCGUAUCAUUACGGUUUUCCUAACAGAAGAUGAAGUCUCGGUGCUCCGAGACUUUCCAGUAGAGUGGAUGACUAGGUCAUCCAUGUCCCCAGCAAGUCCUAGAGGAGACAAGGACACUCUCCACUCCCAGGUAACUUCAGAAUCAUCAGGGGUUCCUGAAUACCAAGAUGUGAAUAGUGGCUCUGUCCAGGAGUCCCUUGAGCAGGCUCCAAGCACAGCUGCAGCAGCAGAUGUGACGCAGGCAGGCAGCCUUGCAAGCACAGGCGCUGCGAAGGGCUUCCCCGAACCAGAAGCCAGCACAAGGAAUUCCCCAACUGCAGAAUGGCAGUACCCGGGCAGCAAAAGCCCAGAGCUGAGAAGAGCAUCCUUCUCAUCAGAGACACACCUGGAAGAACUGCCAAGCACUUCCAAACUCCAAAAUGCCGAGUGUGCUCAGACUACAGGUCUAUCCCUGGAAGGCUUUUUCUUUCCAAACCCGUAUGUCCAGGAGAGUCAGAGCAUGGGGGAAUCCGUUGUGGACUUUGCUGUUAAAGAGCACAGUUUCCAAAGGCAUCCUGCAGCCAGUGGCAGUCCGUCUGUUUGCUCUCCUGUUCAAGAACCAAGCAGGAGGAAGUCAAGUGAACAAGACCAGCAAGGAACUGUCAGCCAAAACAGUAUCCCUGGAAAGAGCAGUAGUGAAACUGGUAGUAAUGUCUGGGAUUUGAAUCAUCCAACCACUGUUGCACAACCAGAGCACAAAAGCAGGACUUCAGUGCCUGCUGCAGAUGCCCAGGAGACUCGACCCAGGGACACAGCAGAGACCACAGGCUGCCCCAGCAGCGGGGAGAGUGACCCAGCUCUUCAGGUGGACAGCCUGGCAGCUCAGGGCAGUGUUGAUUCAGGCAGACAGUGCAAACCAGUUAGGAUGAGCUUGUAUGUUCACUGCAUUAAGGGACUAGUUCUCUCCCUGCUGGCUGAGGAUCAGCUCAGAGAGGACCAGAGCUCCAUUGAAGAUGUGUACCACAGCAGUCUGGCUUCUCUGAAUGGCCUUGAGGUUCAUCUAAGGGAAACUUUGCCCAAAGACCCCUCCUCUUCUGCCAAGACAACAUACAGUUUCACUCACUAUGACUCCAUUCAGAAUGUGCUCACAGCCAACCUGCCUCACACCCCCGGCCCUAUGGAUCGGCACUUCCUGAGAGCUGCUACGCUCAUCCACGCUGACUUCAGUCACUUUCCAGAUGUUUCAGAAAUGUUAAUUAGGAACGCUUCCACUGCCGUGUACGCCUGCCGUAAUCCCGUCCAGGAGACCUACUUCCAGCAGCUGGGCGCUCCGCUCCGCAACUCCGGUGUUCCCAACCCUCACGACAGCGCGUUCAGCUUGCCAAGCAAGGCCAAGCAAAAGCUGCUGAAGCACGGGGUGAACCUGCUCUGAACUGAUGCACUGAGCCAACCUGUCUCAGCCUGUGCUAAAAGUUAGCUCAUCUUAGUACGCAAAACCUCCGAGCUAUUUAUUCUGUUGGAGGCCUUAGGCUCUUUGCCAAGCCUAUGGGGUCUCCAUUCUGCCUUGCUUGGUGAGGGGACACCCCUAUCACCCUGUGCCUGCAGCACGGUUUGUGCUAGUGCAGAGUCCUGUGGAUUAGCACUUACCAAAGACUGAAGAGAGAGAACAGCCGUGUUGGGGCACGGGUUCACGUUCGCUGUGUGUGUCCCCGUUCCAGCUGCUCUGCCCUCACAGGCAGAGCCUCCUGCCUUAACCUGAAGUCAAGCCCUUUUCUCUCUCCAAGCCCGCAGGAUGCCGGCUUGCAGGGCAGUGUUUGCUCUCAGAGAUGUCAGGCAGACGCCUGCCUGGAGUUCUGCGCCUGCCCUGGGCUUCAUUUAUAUCUCUUAAUCUACAGAAAUGGUGCCUUGCUGCAGCGUAACUCCUUACCUUGAAUUAACAGACUAACUGGAAGAGAACGAGUGCUGCAGAACUAAUAAUCCUCCCGUAGCAGCUCUCAGUAGCUUCUUCUACUCUAGCUGAAUCGGGGAGCUCCUUGUCCCUCUGUGCCGUUCAGAGAGUGUGCGGUACCGUCCAGACGGCCAGCCAAGGGCAGGGAGG